AUUGGGCUGGGAGACCAAUAAUAAGUACAUGGUGAAGAACAGUGUGGGGCAACAGGUGUUCUUUGUGGCUGAGGAAAACGACUGCUGUAAUAGACAGUUCUGCGGACCACUGCGCUCAUUCGUCAUCCAUGUUCAGGAUAACAUAGGGCAGGAAGUGAUGACACUCACUCGUCCUUUGAAGUGCGGAAGCUGCUGUUGUCCCUGUUGCCUGCAAGAGCUUGAAAUCCAGUCUCCACCGGGGAACCCGAUUGGAUAUGUGAUCCAGAACUGGCAUCCUUUCCUUCCUAAGUAUACCGUACAGAAUGAGAAGAAAGAAGCAGUUCUGAAGAUCGUGGGGCCGUUCUGUUCAUGCAGAUGUUGCGCUGAUGUGAACUUUGAUGUUUUGUCCAUGGAUGAAACAACAAAGGUGGGCAGAAUCUCUAAACAAUGGACAGGUCUGGUGAGAGAAGCUUUCACCGAUGCAGACAAUUUUGGAAUCUCCUUUCCUAUGGAUCUGGACGUGAAGAUCAAAGCUGCUCUUUUUGGAGCCUGUUUUCUCAUAGACUUCAUGUUCUUUGAACACAGUAAAUAAAUGUAUUUUCUGGAUGUCAUUAUUUCAGGUUGAAUUUUGAACUCCUUACUCUGAAUAUGUUAACCAUGGAUUCAAAUGUGGAUCACUCAGCUAAAAAUUAUAUUACAUAUAUUACUAUGUACAUUAAAUUACAGAGUAUAUUCAUUCACUACUGCUCAUGAGCCACCACUAGGUGACAGCAGUUCCCUUUACAAUAAUACUGAGAUGCUUUCCGUAUCAACAAAGUACCUGCUCUAAAUGUAUUGGCAAAAAAUUAACUACAAACUAUUAAAGAGACUUUUUUAUACACAGUCUAAACAAACUUGUAACAAGCAAAAUGUUGAUUGCUUAA